UGGCCGAAAUUGUAAUAAUUUAGGUUAUGCAUUCAUAUUGUAUAUAGAUUGGGGUGCGUGAUUAUCAAUAUGCAUAUUAAAAUUUCUAUAUAUCUAACUUAAUAUAGCUCCCUCAAAAGAAAACAAGGGACUCGGAUAUUUUACACCUAUUCGAGGGUGUAAAGUAAAGAAAAUAUAUAUUUAAUUUUUUUGUAUUUGAAAAAAAUGGCACACUUUUCCAGAGACAAACAGAUUAUUUCAGGGUUAGAACUGCCUCCUUUAAGAAGCAUCAAUGAUUUUAUUUUAGAUUCUGCUCGGUUUCAAAUACCGAGUUUCAAUGAUUUCGAUAAAUGGGGAAAUCGUGUGUUUAAUAAUUUACUUUAUUAUCAAACGAAUUACUAUUUCACAGCUGCUAUCAUUUUUAGUUUUGUUGGGUUGAUGCAUCCUGAAAAAAUGCUUCUUGGAAUGUUAGCCUGUUGUUUAAUUUUGUUAUUUUUUGCUUAUAUAUCUACAGAAGGAAGAGCAGUACACAAUUUUAAAAAACAGUAUCCACGUGCUGGAACUCUUAUUAUGUUAAUUACAGGUUGUUUUUUAAUUUAUACUGUGGGUUCCUUAUUAGUAUUUUUAAUGGGCAUUUUACUGCCAUUUGCAGUGAUAUUUAUACAUGCAUCAUUGAGAUUAAGAAGUUUAAAGAACAAAUUUAUUAACAAAAUGGAAGGAGUUAGCUUAAAAAGAAGUCCAAUGGGUUAUUUUUUGGAGCAUCUUGAAAAUUUAUCAGGUACAGCAUUAUGUGCACAAACCUUUUACAUACGUAAAAUUGAAUAAUUUGUCUCAAAUAUACAAACGAAAUAUUCAAAAGUGGAAGAAAUACCUUAGUCAGUUUGCUGCAAGAUGUUUAGGAAAAGCAAAAAAUUACUGAUAAUUACAAGACAUUACAUCAAUUUAUAAAUUCUAAUCGAUUCUAUUUAUGAAAAUUGAAAAUUGUGAUUAUUGACAAAGGCACCAGCUAAAAUGAGUUUUGUUAUAUUUUUAUUUAAC